CGGUUUAUCAGGAGAUUGCUUCGCUCCUGGGCCCACGAAAACCAACUCUCCCGCCUUCGUCCUUGUACAAAUCCAACCGCACCACACACGACCUACCUCACAACCUCCUCCACUCAUAACUACACCACCCCAUCAUUCAGGCUUGGCCCUAGUCGUUUGUAAGCCAUUUCACUCACUCGUCCACUCUGGCAUCCCUUUCUCUGUAUGCGGUCCACUUCUGAUCAAAUCUCCUCGGCUUGGUCUUGAGGAGUUAUUGGAGUUUAUGUUGCCAUUUGAGCAUUACGGUGGAAGUGCCUGUAUCUGCGAGCGAUAAGCUAACCGUGGCCCUACCUGCCUUGCCAAAAUUGCUCUUGAGCGGAUAUUGCUGGCGUUCUUAAUUGCUCCUCGUGGACUGAAGGGCGUCAUGGAGAGACCAGAAGCAAAUGGUCGGCCGGAAAAGCGCCUGAAAAUAGGCGAUCCGUACCACGACGAUAUACAAGCUGGGCCGAGUUCGCGAGACGGCGUUUUCUACGCUGCCGCCAUGCCUUCACUAAUUUCAAGGUUGCUUCCACCUUCGUCCCUUCACCUAGCGCCGUCGGUUCCCGCAACUUCUGCCGCGCUUCCGCUUCCUCCUCCAACAGCUUCCGGAAAUUUUGUUGCACCAAGCAGUCAUGCGGUAUCACCUCCCUGGAGACCAGACGACAAGGACGGCCACUACGUUUUUGAGCUAGGGGAAAAUUUGACACCCAGAUACAAAAUCUUAAGCAAACUUGGAGAAGGGACUUUCGGAAGAGUCUUGGAAUGCUGGGAUCGUCAAAUGCAGCAGUACGUCGCAAUUAAGGUGAUCAGAAAUGUACAGAAAUAUCGUGAUGCGGCGAUGAUCGAGAUUGAUGUGUUGACAACUCUCGCAAAGCAUGACAAGUUCGGCCAAAGGGGCUGUGUGGAGCUGAAGGGCUGGUUCGACUACAGAAACCAUGUCUGCAUAGUAUUCGAGAAGCUCGGACCAAGUUUGUACGAUUUCUUGAGAAAGAACAGUUAUCGGCCUUUCUCUGUGGACGUGGCGAGAGAGUUUUCCAGACAAUUGUUGGAAUCCGUUGCAUUCAUGCAUGAGCUGACGUUGAUUCACACCGAUUUGAAGCCAGAGAACAUUUUGCUGGUCUCGUCAGAGUACGAGAAGGUUCCAGAUUACAGGAGCGCGACCCAACCAAGCUCUCAAAGUCGCCAUCAUAUGAGAAGAGUGCCUGUGUCCAGCGAGAUCAGGGUCAUUGAUUUCGGGAGUGCAACCUUUGAUUCGCAUUACCAUUGUUCCAUUGUUUCAACUCGGCACUACAGGGCCCCGGAGGUGAUUCUUGGAAUUGGGUGGUCGUAUCCCUGCGAUAUCUGGAGCGCAGGUUGCAUCAUUGUCGAGCUUGUCACAGGAGAGGCGCUGUUUCAAACGCAUGAAAAUCUUGAGCACCUUGCUAUGAUGGAGAGGCUUCUGGGUCCAAUUCCUCCUCACAUCAUCAAGAAGGCAGACCGACGAGCAGAGAAAUACUUCAGAAAUGGUAGAGAACUCAAUUGGCCGGAGGGCGCUGCUUCCCGCGAAAGCAUUCGUGCAGUUCGAAAGCUUCCUCGACUAAGAGACUUGAUUAUGCAAUGCGUGGAGCAUUCAGCUGGAACCCUCAUCGACCUCCUCUACUCGCUCUUGAAGUUUGACCCUGCGCAACGGCUCACAGCGCGAGAGGCUUUGAAGCAUCCGUUUUUCCGGGAGCCCAGCCGUUGCCUGCGUUAGGGGAAAAAAUGCAUUCCCUGUGCAAUUGGGGAAUGCACUGACAGCUCGAAAUGUCGAAUGGCGAGUUGCCAUGACCUUAGAUUUAGGAUGCUUUUGACGCACGCCCUUGCACUAGCUCACCCAAAGCCCAAUGUGGCCGUGCUGCAAAACUGCACACCGGGAGGCUGGUUAAGCCGCUUGCUCCAGUUGUAGAUAAAAGUUAGAGCUGCAAUAGAAAUGAUAUGUUGUAUACAUGCCAUGUUAGCG